UGUUUGCGUAUACGCCCCUUUGUUAUCCCAGAGUACUCGAGUGUCAAAAUGGGAACCAAGCAAAGCCGUUUGCGGCGCAAGCCCCCUUCAGAGCUCCCAGGAUGGAGAGAGAGGCGUACAGACGAUAAGCCCUCUUCGGAGAAGGAAAAAGAGGAGGUAGGAAGGUAGAAGGCGCGACGCACGCAGUUGGACGAGCGGCUGCCACACCCUCUCCAGGGAUCGCCAUCUCCAAGGCAGUAGUAGAGACUGAGCAAAGUCAGUCAGAAUCCUCUCACACACUUCCCCAAGAAUGUGAAACUGCUACUAAUACCACAAGACUAAACGAGACAGUCAAAGACACUUCAGCUCCGAAAACAGUCAAUACCCUUACAAUAGACAAUACUCAAGAUGUUUUUGAGAAAAUGUAUGAAGCACGAGAGAAGUGGCGUAACAUUGGGGGAGUCUUCGGUCUUUCUGAGUCAACUCUGAAAAAUAUUGAUUUGGAAAACAGAAACAAUGACGACAAGCUACGUAAUGUCAUCAUUGAAUGGCUCAAUAGAUAUGGAGGAACUGGAGAUUGCACUUGGACCCAUGUGGCCAUGGCACUGAGAAAUAAAACUGUGGCUCGAGAAGAUGUUGCUCGUGAGGUGUUAGAGCAGCAUCCCCAGCCAUGGAGUGUUCCUCCUCCCUCCCUUCCUCCUCCACACACUUCCCCUGACUCAGGAUCUGGAGCUACUGCAGCUACUCUGAAACCCAGUACCUCCCAACCUAAAGCAGAUAAACCAACUGCAUUAAGCAUCAGUUCUAUGCCUGAAAUGGAGAAGAGAAUUUUACAACGUAAGGUGAACACUGAUACAAACCAUAUGAUAGAGCAGUAUGCGCUGUUGAGGGCUCAAACUGAAAGCCACCUACAUGAGAUACACUGUGAUGUGAAGAAGCUGUUGAUCUGUAUCAUGGAUGUCCAGCACGUGAGGCACAUUGCCAAGGAAUCUCCUCUGGUUGAACUUGUAGCUGAAACAAGCAUUAGUGGAGUUUUUCUCGAACUGGUGACGAAGAGCCUUAUAUCAUUUCUCCAGUUUUCUAUUCUGAAACGAGUAAUUACUGAGCUAUGUACUGGUUCACAAGAACUGCAGGAGAAGCUAAAAGCAUAUGAAUCGGAGUUCAAUGACUACAUUAGACGACGUGUCUGUGAGACUAGUAUAUAUCAUGAAGGAAGAUUCGAGGUCUUCACUGGGGGUAAGUCAGACAAAAAGGUUGAACUACUUAUUAUCACUGAUAAGCAUUGGGAUUAUAGCAUCGGAUUUGUCGAUGUUCUUGAUCUGGAGGCUUUGGUAGCGAAAUGUUUGAAUAUUGAUCGUUUCAACCUCCAAAUGUUUAGAAUUGAGCCUAACUGCCUUAGGAUACGGUAUGCUGUAUCCAUUCUCAUUGCGAAGGCAGUAUUUCCACUAACCAAUGAAGAAUGGAAGCAACUUUGCCAUCUCGGGAUUGUCAACAUUCGCUGUCAAGAAUAUUUCUAUACAACUGACGAUAAAGUUGGAGCGCUCCCAUUCAAGACUAAUGAUCAGUUCACU